CGGGCUGCAGCGGCGGGAGCGCCGUGGGAGCUGCCUCCUGCCUGCCGGUGCUGGCCCGCAUCCUAGGAGCCGCCCUCCCCACCCUGGCAUACCCCCUCGACCUGGGACGGUGAGCAUGCGACUGGGGACGGGCAGCCUGGUGCCCCCUGCCACACGGACACGGGGUUAGGUAGCUCAUACCUCGCCCUCUGAUGGAGACCCAGGCGAAACCGGGUCCGGAACCUUGGGCCACUACGUGCAGCCGCCCCAGGAUGGUCUCCUUGCUUCUGUUGGUGGAGCUGACCCUCUCCACCUCCGCCUGUCAGGUCGGGCCGGGAGAGGAGGGACCUGGGCGGAGCCCCGGGUGGAAACCGGAGGGAGGUGACAUCAUCUCGAAGAUGCAAUCCAGCUUUACUCACUUGUGUCCACCUUGGCACACGAUACCGAUGGUGGAGUGUUCGGACUAUAUAUAUCUGAGGUGACACCAGCGACAAGGAGGGCACGAAGCCCGUGCAUGGGGCCCAUGGCCUGAAGCGUGGGAUUGGACCAGGAUGGACGCCGGCUCCUUCAAAUGCUCCCACCUCACCCCUCGGCUGCAGCGCAGGGCCUUCCUGUGUUAGCCCAACCUCUCCCUUUUGCUCCACUAGAUAGGUGCUGGGAACCUGCACCUCAUCUUUCCCCAUAAGUUGAGACGUGCAAAUGUUUGGCCAGCAUCGGAUGGCGGGAUACGAGCUAGCCAGGACUCAGGCCCGGGAUCAGAGCUUUCCCCUCGCGCCCUUCCUUCCACCCUCGAUCUGCCAAGAGUCACUGGAGGGUUACACCCAGCGCUUUUACCUGGAGGAUCCUCUUCCCAGUGUUUGACCUGGGACCAGUUUUCAUAGAUGUCCAGCCCUGGGGGAGGGUGCGGAGCCUGGAUGUCACCCUGGGUGCAUUCGAUAACCUCCCUUCCUCCUCCCCAGGGAGCCCACUGGAGGCGCCCUCCCGAGGCACCACUGCCCAUGCUGACCACCCAGCCCUCCGGCCGCCGAUGUCAUGAGUAACACCACAGUGCCCAAUGCCCCCCAGGCCAACAGCGACUCCAUGGUGGGCUAUGUGUUGGGGCCUUUCUUCCUCAUCACCCUGGUCGGGGUGGUGGUGGCUGUGGUGAUGUACGUGCAGAAGAAGCAGCGGGUGGACCGGCUUCGCCAUCACCUGCUCCCCAUGUACAGCUACGACCCUGCUGAGGAGCUGCACGAGGCGGAGCAGGAGCUACUCUCUGAUGUGGGAGACCCCAAGGUGGUACACGGCUGGCAGAGCGGCUACCAGCACAAGCGGAUGCCCUUGCUCGAUGUCAAGACAUGACCCGACACCCUUGCCCCGACCUCCAGAGCCUUGAGGGCCUUGGGAUGUCCAGGGCCCUGCGUUCUGCUUCCCCUCCCACUUGCGCUCACCCAGCUCCCCCUGCCGGGUACCAGGUCACCAUAUCCCCUCCUCCCAGCAGCACCCACUGCCCAAGCCCUGCACAACAGCCGCCCCCUGCCUCAGUGCCCUAGGCCUUCAGCCCUCUGUGGGUGCUGAGCCGGCCACCCACCCGCCAGGCACCAACGGGAGUUUUUCCUUCCGGGGUGGGAGCAGGACUGGGAGCCAGCUUUGGUUUCUCUAGCCCUCCUGGACUUGGCUUUGGCAUAAAUACCGGAGAGGGCUUUUGAGUUGUCUCCAUGGUGACCAGGCAGGGAUGGGAUGUAUAGCAUUCAGUAUAUAUAUUUUGUAAAUAAAAUGUUUUG